AUGGAGAAAAAUUUUGAUGCCGGGAAUUUCAUAGACGCUCAGUUGAUUCCUGGCACUGAAGAGCACUUCCACGAGUCAUCUCUUGCCGGGCAAGCAAGGUGCAUGUAUCGUACCCUCCUGCGUGGCGCAGUGAUAGCUCGGAAGGCCGAGUUUGAGCUGUCCGGGAUGGAAUCUCUCCGUAGGAGGUUGGAAUCUGCUGGGAAAGCUAAUAAUGAUUUAAAACGCGAAGUUGAGACCCUUCGAGAGCAACUUGCCCAGUCUAAUGAGAAGCUCGAGGCUGCCGAGAAGAGAGCCUCCACUGCCGAGAAAACAUUGGAGGAGUCUGAUGCCACCAUUUCCCGGCUUGUCGAGCGGCAAAAGACUUUAGAGGGUCAGGUCGGCGUGGCUCAGGGGCGGGUGAUCGCACUGGAGAAAGAGCGAGAUGAGGCCGUUUCGUCAAAGGAGGCUUUCGAAGCUGAUCUUGCAGGGUGGAAGACAAAGUAUAAAGAAGUCGUCAAGCAGGGGAAGGGUGCGAUACUGGCGACUGAGGAGGCCCUUAAGGCUCAGGUCAAAAUCGUUGUCCCUGACUUCGACAUGUCGGCAAUUGGUGUCUUCAAGAUGAUCAAAGACGGCAAGAUUGUUGACAUGCCUAGUGAUGAUUAG